AGAGGAUCAACGCGAUGUCAUUCGUACAGAUCGCCUUACAAUUCGUGAACCGCCUCACACGCAUUUACACGUCUCGACUUUAAAAUUCGAACCUUUAUUAUCUUGAGGCUUCUUCUUGUCGCAAAAUGAAGUCCUUUUUGCUUGUAACGUAUCUCGUUGGAUUGGUCGUGUUAUGCAGUAGUGCUAUAGAACUGACAAACUCAAAAUUAUCGACAAAACUUUUGCCGGUAAAUGACGCGAGUGGUACGAAGGACUUGGAUACAGCAGCCAGUGAUCGGACAUUCUUAAUCGGUAAAGAAUACGGUCAGCCAGGCUACGGAGGGUACGGAGGUUAUCCCGUAUCUAUAUACGGACCAGGAUAUCGUGGUACGAAUUUAACACCAGGAUAUAGAGGAUAUCCAAUCGGUAAUCCUGGGGGUGUUAUUGGAGCUGGACAUACUGGAUAUGGAUAUUACGGGAACAGAUAUAAUCCUUAUUAUAAUUAUGGUGCUUUCGGUGGUUCCGGUGGUUACAGUGGAUACGGGAGCAUUGGUGGAUAUGGUACCUUAGGAGUUGGAGGUUACGAUGAUCCUUAUCUUGGAUAUGGUAGUUAUAGUGGUUAUGGCCGUUACGAUGGUCAAGGACUCGAUGGAUAUGGAAAUUACGGUUCCGGUGGUUACGGUGGAACUUAUGGUUCUACGUAUGGGAUUAAAAACAAUUAUGAUCCUUAUGGUUACCGUAGUAGUAGUAGUAGUAGUAACAGUUAUGGUAGUUACGCCGGCUAUCCCUCCGGAUAUAGGGGUUAUUCCUAAAAGUUAAUGAAUUUGAUAUACAUGUAUAAUGCUAAUACAUAAAAUCAGUAGUAGUUUUUUUUUUUUGUACGUACUUUGUAACAACGUAAUAAUAUUAAAUAAAAUACGGAAAGUGUUUAUUUUUCAAACUAAAUGAUGUUGUUUCGUAUAUUUGAAUAAUACUUAACAUACAUAAUUAAUACAUGAUUUGUAGUAAAUAUUAACAUGACAUUUGAAUGUGAAGUAGGGAAAACUUAAAGAAAUAAAUAUAACCAACGAGAACAUAAUAAUUAGUAAUUAGUUCAUUAUAUAAAAUGUAAUAUAUUCGGACGUAAUAAAUUUGUUGGACCUAA